AUGCCCAUCACAACUAGCAAGGCCAUGGGGAGAAAGAUCUGCAACUACAUGCAACGAAGCUUGAGCAGUGCUGCCCUGCAUGGCAGUAGACACACCUUGCAGCUCCCGUUCAGUGGACUCAUGGAAGAGUUCAGGGAGAGCAGAACACAGGAAGCCCUGCAGUACAGAAAUGUCUAUAAAAACACUAUCAAACGUUUCACUGCAUAUCAUUUCAAGACACUCCUGGAAAUCAGAAGACUGUUUGGAGAACAGCCCAAGUUCGCCAUGCAGUGUAUAAUUAUCUUGGCUGUGUUGGCCCUCUGCCUGGCCACAGUGUUGACUCAGGAGCCGCUACAGUAUAUGAAGGAUGUUCAGGGGGUUGUGGUGGGUGGGCAGGUGGCGCCCCCCAACUCCUGGCCAUGGCAGGUGUCACUGCAGGUGAAAUAUGGACAUGAGUACAGUCACAUCUGUGGAGGAACUUUGAUCAGGAAGCAAUGGGUGAUGACCGCCGCACACUGUGUGGACAGCGAGAACACUUUCCGAGUUGUCCUUGGAGAACACAACCUGGAGAAGAAGGAGGGGCAUGAACAGUUCAUUGAUGUCUUGUUUCCAUUCAUCCACCCGGACUGGGACACUAAUAAUGUCGCCCAGGGGUUCGACAUCGCUUUGUUGUAUCUUUCCACUGAGGCGACCUUGAACCGCUAUGUGAAGUUGGGCACACUACCCCCUGCAGGACAGGUUCUGAAACACGGCCACCCCUGCUACAUCACUGGAUGGGGUCUUACCGAGACUGAUGGGCAUAUCUCUACGGAGCUGAAGCAGGCCCAGCUGCCUUUGGUGGGCUACAACACCUGCUCCAGAGGGGACUGGUGGGGCGCCACUGUCACCGACACCAUGGUGUGCGCUGGGGGCAGCACAGACUCUGGCUGCAAUGGUGACUCUGGAGGUCCUCUGAACUGCAAGGUGUGCGGUAGGUAUGUGGUGCAUGGCAUCGCCUCCUUCGUGUCCGGUUCAGGCUGCAACGCCGCCCAGAAGCCCACCGUCUUCACACGUGUGUCUCAAUACAUCAGCUGGAUGAACUGGAUGAUGUGGUAAAUGAAGCCAUGGACCCCGAGGUCGAGAUACUUAUUCAGCAUCAACUUGAAACUUCUCAUGUUCCAUUUUGAAAUGGAAAUAAAUUGACUGCAUGCAAAAAUCUA